AUGGAAAAAAAUCCAGUUGUUUUAUUCUUUUUGGCUUUUUUAGCUGCAGUGAAACUGUGUUUGACAUCACAAGUCCCAGAUGAGGUGAAGAAGCAAUGUGAUCAAAAGCUGCUCAUUCGAAUGAAAACUGACUGUGUACCUUGCUCUUUAAACUUCAAAACCCAGUGCCCUGCUGGUUAUACCAAAAUCACCAAUGGCACUGGGAUACCAGAUUGCAGGUAUUACCUAGAAAUUAAAACACACAUACUGUCUUUUCCGGGAUGUCGGCAUCAUUGUAUGAAAGAGUUUGAACAACCUGAGUGCUGCCAGGGACACUGGGGCCCAGAUUGCAUGGCAUGUCCGGGAGGAGCUGCAUCACCAUGCAACGGGAGAGGACGCUGCUCUCAAGGUAUAAAUGGGGAUGGAACAUGCAUUUGUCAGAAAGGGUUUGGUGGGACAGCCUGUGAAAACUGUGAUGAAGAUAAUUUGUUUGGUCCUCACUGCACAUCAGUCUGUGACUGCGUUCAUGGAGUAUGCAACAGUGGAAUUUCAGGGGAUGGAAAAUGCACUUGCUUGUCUGGCUACAAAGGGCUCAGAUGUGAUCAGCCAAUAGCUGAAUGCGAGGCCUUGCGGUGCCCUUCAAACUCCAGAUGCACUGCCUCGGGCAAGGAUGGAAUACAACUGCAAUGCAUGUGUCUGCCCAGCUACCACAGGGAUGGUACACAAUGUGAACCUAUCAACCCAUGCUCCAAAAAGAUCUGUGAUCCUAAUGCCGACUGCAUUUACCUUGGACCAAAUCAGCACAAAUGUACCUGUCAAGAAGGUUACAGAGGGGACGGUCAAGUCUGCUUACCCAUAGACCCCUGUCAAGCAACAUAUGGGAAUUGCCCUGCACAGUCUACCAUUUGCAUAUAUGAUGGUCCAGGAAAGUCCCACUGUGAAUGCAAGGAGUAUUACACAAACUUUGUACCUGGGAAAGGAUGCAGCAUGAUGGACAUCUGUGAAACAAACAACACCUGCCAUAAAAAAGCUAAAUGCUCAAUGGUUGCACCAGGACAGAUUACGUGUACGUGCCAGGAGGGCUCCGUGGGGAACGGGUUUGUGUGCUACGGAAACAUCAUGGAGCGCCUCCAAGACCUGAACGCAGAAGUGGGAGGAUGGUGGCAAGGCCAGCUGACAGCCGCCCUAUCGCUCAUGGAAAAUGUCUAUGAAUGGCCGCUGAGUACUCUGGGACCAUUUACUGUGUUUGUACCGACAAACAAGGGGCUCAAAGGUACAAAUAUAAAGGAUCUUCUGAAUAAUAAACAGAAAGCACAGUACUUUGUGAAACUCCAUGUAAUUGCUGGUCAGUUGAAUACCAGUAGCUUGAAUACUACUAAUGUAAUAUAUACUUUGACUGGCAAGUCAGGAGAGAUAUCAAAGGGAGAAGAGGAUAAUCAAUUAAGAAUUAGAAUCCAAGGAGGAAGGAGGAAAGGGAAACUUUUGCAGGGAAAUAUUAUUGCUUCCAAUGGGAUUUUGCACAUUCUUGACAAAGCCAUGGACAACGUGGAGCCAACCUUUGAAAGCAGCAAAGAGGAAACCAUAAUGUCAGUACUUCAAGAUAACAGAAGAUACAGCCAAUUUACAUCUUUGAUAGAGAAAACUGGCCUGGGAAUGGAUUUACAGCAGGACAACAGGCCUUACACAGUCUUUGUUCCAAGUGAUGAGGCUUUGAGUAAUAUGAAAGCUGAGGUUCUGGAUUACCUGCUUUCUGCAGAGGGUUCUUGGAAGUUGCUGGAGCUGGUCCGAUACCACAUUGUCUCCAAUAUAGAGCUAGAGGUUGCCAGCCUCAUGUCUAUAGAGCACAUCAGCAGCAUGGCGAAGCAGUUCAUUUACUUUAACAGGACCAGCAAUGGAAAAAUCCUGGUGAAUGGAGAAGAAAUGGAAGAAACAGAUAUAGUUGCAAAAAAUGGUCGCAUUUAUACUCUUGCAGGAGUUCUUAUCCCACCUACAAUUGUUCCAAUUCUACCACAUCGGUGUGACGAGACAAGAAGUCAAGUUGCAAUGGGCAUCUGUGCAAGUUGUUUAUCAUAUACAUUGGCUACCUGUCCACAAGAUUCAAAGCCCAUCCCUUUCUCAAAACGGAGAUGCAUUAUUGAAGGCCCAACCUUCCAAAAAACUGGCUGUGCUAGAGCCUGCAAUAUAACAAUAAAGGAACCAAAGUGUUGCAAAGGCUUCUUUGGCUCUGACUGCAGUCCAUGUCCAGGAGGUUUCACCAAACCCUGCUCAGGAAACGGGCAAUGCAUGGAUGGCCUGGGUGGAAAUGGGACCUGUGUUUGUGCUGAGGCAUUUCAAGGCUCGAGCUGUCAGUUCUGCUCAGACCCUGGCAAAUAUGGACCUCAGUGCGACAAAGAGUGCCUCUGCAUUUAUGGGAAGUGCAAUAACCGAAUAGACAGUGAUGGGAUCUGUCUUCCUGGAUCAUGCAGAAGUGGAUACACGGGGAAACUCUGUGAUAAGCAGGUUGUUCCCUGUGAGCCCUCCCUACAGCUCUGCCAUGCACAUGCAGACUGUCAUCUUAGCAAUGGUGCAGUGAGCUGUGUUUGCAAACCUGGUUAUGAGGGAGAUGGCAUGAGCUGCAGCAAAGCUGAUCCUUGUGCUGCUUUAAACCCAGGUGGCUGCAAUAUCAAUGCCGAGUGUGUUCGGACGGGCCCAGGAGAGCACACAUGUGUUUGCCAGGCAGGAUGGACAGGCGAUGGAAGGGACUGCUCAGCUAUCAACAACUGCCUGCUGCCCACCGUGGCAGGGUGUCACGAAAAUGCCACCUGCAUAUACGUUGGGCCGGGUCAGAAUGACUGCAAGUGUAAGGACGGAUUUCAGGGGAAUGGAAUUGAAUGCACACCCAUAAACUCGUGCCUCAAACAAAAUGGAAAAUGUCAUCAUCUGGCAAUUUGUCAGUUUGAGUCUUCGCAUGGCUGGGAGUGUGUGUGCCCGAAGGGCUAUGAAGGAGAUGGCAGAAUAUGCUAUGGAAAUGUUGCAGAUGAGUUAUCUACUCUAUCAGAAGCAGCUGUAUUUAACCAGUGGAUUAAUGAGGCUGAGAUAAACUCGGUGUUGUCCACCACCUCAAACCUAACUGUCCUUGUGCCUUCCCUCCAAGCGAUUGAAAACAUGGAUGAAGAUGAGAAAGCCUUUUGGAUGUCAAAGAGUAACUUCCCAACUCUACUGAAGUAUCAUGUAUUGACAGGAGCUUACAGCUUUGCUGAUUUCCAGAAUUUAUCGUCUUCUGACAUGCUGCCAACAUCUCUACAGAGCAACUUCCUACACUUGUCUAAAGAAAACGGGAACCUCACCCUCGAGGGCGCUCACAUCGUGGCUGGCGACAUCGCAUCCACAAAUGGGAUCAUACACGUUAUUGAUAAGGUUCUGACCCCGCUCCGCAGCACUGUCAUGCCAAGGCUGCUGGCCCGCCUGAAGCAAAUGCCUGAUUACUCCAUUUUCAGGGGAUACCUUAUUCAAUACAGCCUGACAAAUGAAAUAGAAGCUGCGAAUACAUAUACAGUCUUUGCCCCAAAUAAUGAUGCCAUAGAAAAUUACCUCAGGGAUAAAAAGUCUGCUACUCUGGAUGAAGGCCAAAUCCGCUAUCACGUUGUGCUGGAUGAGAAGCUCCUGAAGAACAACCUGCACAAUGGCAUGCACAGGGAGACCAUGCUAGGGUUCUCCUACCAGGUUGGGUUCUUCCUCCACAAUGGCCAGCUAUUCAUAAAUGAUGCACCUAUAAUCUAUACAAACGUUGCAACAGACAAAGGAAUAAUUCAUGGCUUGGGAAAGGUCCUAGAAAUCCAGAAGAACAGAUGUGACAUCAAUGAUACUGUGAUCAUUGAAAAGUGCAGAAGCUGUUCACAGACAUCAAGUUGUCCUCCAGGAACAAAAGAAAUAGCAGGAGUGAAGAAAUACUGCAUCCUCUCAGAAAACAACAUGAGAAUGUACACCAUCCAGAUUGGGUGCCAGAUAAAGUGUGCAAAAACUGUCAUUACGAGGGAGUGCUGCGCAGGUUUCUUCGGGCAGCAGUGCCAGCCCUGCCCAGGGAAAGCAGGCAAUGCCUGCUUUGGAAAUGGCGUCUGCCUGGAUGGCAUCAACGGCACGGGCGUCUGCGAGUGUGGAGAGGGGUUUGUUGGUACAGCCUGCGAAAGCUGCAUCAAAGGCAAAUAUGGCCUCAACUGUGAUCAAGAGUGCACUUGUGUCCACGGGAAGUGCAGCAGCGGGAUUGACGGGGACGGGUCCUGUGAAUGUGACGUUGGCUGGAGAGGGGUGGCAUGCGAGACCGAAAUCAAAGAUGACGCAUGUAAUGCCUCAUGCCAUACUAGUGCUAACUGCCUUCUCCUACCAAAUGGCACUGCCUAUUGCAAGUGUGCAGCUGGGUUUGAGGGGAACGGGACAUUCUGCCCAGCUAUUAAUGCUUGCAAGACCAACAACGGUGGCUGUUCUGCUAAGGCAGAGUGCAGAAGAACAACGCCUGGCAAUAGAGUGUGCAUCUGCAAUGCUGGGUACACUGGAGAUGGAAUAGUCUGCAUAGAAAUCAACCCUUGUCUGGAGAACAACGGUGGAUGCGAUAAAAAUGCAGAAUGCACGCAGACCGGACCCAAUCAAGCAGUGUGUAAUUGCUUGAAGGGAUACUCUGGAGAUGGUAAAAGAUGCACAUAUAUCAGUCUGUGUUCACAAAAUAAUGGAGGCUGCAGUGAACUUGCCAUCUGUAAUGACACCGAGCUGACAGAAAGGACCUGCACCUGCAAGCAUAACUACGUUGGAGAUGGAUUUAAGUGCCGAGGCAACAUCUUCCAGGAACUUCUCAGGAACUCCAACACAUCUAGGUUUUAUUUCCACUUAGAGGCCUUGUCUAUCAGAGAUAUUGCAAGCCCUGGCCCUUUCACUCUCUUUGUACCUCACACAGAUGUACUAAACAGCGACCCACGAGUCAAGGACUGGCUUGCCAAAGGAGUGAUGGCUCAGGUUCUCCGGUACCAUAUGGUCGGUUGUGCCAGUCUGUUGUACAGCGACCUGACAACAAUCACAAACAUCACCUCUCUCCAAGGAGACCCAAUACACAUCAGCUACUCUCAGAACUCACUGGUUUUGAACAACAAAGCUGAAAUUAUACUCAGCGAUGCUGUGGGCACAAAUGGCGUGAUCCAUGUCAUAAACCAAAUUCUGGUUCCAACAUAUAUGCAGGACUUUCCCCUUAAGAAGGAAAGCCUUAAAAUGGUUGCAGCCAAACAUGGAUACAUCCUAUUCAGUAGUUUGCUAGAGAAAAACAACUUGCUUGGGCUGAUCAACGACCCUAUUCACAAACCCGUCACGCUCUUCUGGCCCACAGACACAGCUAUCCGCAAUCUGCCUCCGGAGCAGCAGGACUUCCUCUUCAAGAAGUCCAACGCUGACAAGCUGGUGCAGUACCUCAAAUUCCACAUUGUCCGUGAUGCUGCGGUGUUGGCCUACCAGCUCUCCAGCUCCACCUCACUGAAGACCCUGCAGGGCUCCAACCUCAGCAUUAGCUGUGGAGAUAACAGGGAUAUUGGCGCCCUUUUCCUGAACGACAGACAGUGUAAGAUAGUGCAGCGGCAGCUGGAGUUUGAUGGAGGCAUGGCCUACGGCAUUGACUGCCUGCUGACAGACCCCAGCCUGGGAGGACGUUGUGACAGUUUCUUCACUGUGGAUUUCACGGGGCACUGUGUUAGCUGUUUCAGUAAUUCUAAAUGCCCUCCAGGGACAAAACCAAAGGAAGGGAUCCAAAGGUGCACGUUCGAGUCCUACGGGCUGCAGAGGGAUGGCUGCCGAAGGAACUGCUCCAUGGUCAUCCAGACAGCCAAGUGCUGCAAGGGUUACUUCGGGCCAGACUGCCAAGCUUGCCCAGGGGGCCCAGAGACCCCAUGCAAUAACCACGGCUCCUGCAACGACGGGUACACAGGGACAGGAGAGUGCCACUGCAACAGCGGCUUCAACGGGACUUCAUGUGAGCUGUGUUUGCCAGGCAGAUACGGCUCCAACUGCAGAUCCUGCGAAUGCAAGACCAAUGGGCAGUGUGACGAGGGAUAUUCAGGAACAGGACGAUGCUUCUGUGAAACAGGAUGGACUGGCCGGCUGUGUGAAACCAAGCUAGCUCUUCAGCCAGUGUGUUCCCCGAGCUGCUCCGCCAACGCUGUCUGCAUGGAGAACAACACGUGUCAGUGCAAGCCGUUUUACAAUGGGGAUGGGAUCACAUGCACAGCUGCAGACCUUUGCAAACAAAACAACGGCGGGUGCCACAAGGCAGCCGAAUGCACACAGCUCGGGGUGAAAGUCUUCUGUAACUGCCAGAAAGGAUACAAAGGCGAUGGCUUUACCUGCCUUCCAAUAAAUCCUUGCGCCGAUGGGUUCAACGGAGGCUGCCAUGAGCAUGCCAUUUGCACUGUCACAGGACCUGACAAACGCAAAUGUGAAUGUAAAAAUAACUACAUCGGUGAUGGGCUGAACUGCUCAGUGAUGCAGCUUCCUCUCAACCGCUGCUUGCAAGACAACGGGCAGUGCCACCCCGACGCUGACUGUGCUGAUCUCCACUUCCAAGAUACCACGGUUGGGGUUUUCCACUUGAGGUCCCCACAAGGGCAGUACAAAAUGACUUAUGAGAAGGCAAAGGAGGCCUGUGCCAAUGAGUCAGCCACCAUUGCGACGUAUAACCAGCUGCUGUAUGCACAGAAGGCAAGGUACCACCUGUGUGCUGCCGGCUGGCUAGACAGCGCAAGAGUGGGCUACCCAACCGCCUUCUCCUCCCCAAACUGCGGCUCCGGCUACGUCGGCAUUGUGGACUACGGGAGAAGAGUCAACCUCAGUGAAACCUGGGAUGUUUUCUGCUACAGGGAGAAAGAGGUGAACUGCACCUGCAAGCCAGGCUACGUGGGGGACGGCUUCUCCUGCAGCGGGAACUUGCUGCAAGUGCUGAUGUCCUCCCCAACGCUGACAAACUUCUUGACGGACAUCAUGGCUUACUCCAACAGCUCUAGGAAGGGGAGAGAGUUCGUGCGAUAUCUCACAGACCUGUCAGUGCAUGCCACUCUCUUUGCUCCAGACGAUAGUGGGUUAAGGGAAAAUGAGACACUUUCUGGGCGAGACAUCGAGUAUCAUUUGUCUAAUGCCAGCAUAAUGUUUUAUGAGGACUUGACCAAUGGAACCACUCUUCUAACUCGUCUAGGGGAAAAACUUCUCAUUACAAACCCCACAAGCCAGGCACAUCAAGCCCCCACUGCUAAACAGACCGAGAUCAGAUACGUGGACAGAAGUGCUAUUGUUGAGUGGGAUAUAAUCGCUUCCAAUGGGAUAAUCCAUGUUAUUUCAGAGCCUCUAAAGGCUCCACCAGCUCCUGCUCCUCUUCAUGUCAUUACCAGGACAGGAAUAUUCUUUGGCGUCUGCCUGGUUAUUGGAAUCGUGGCUUUGAUCGGAUAUUCUUACCUCAGGUUCAGGAAGAGAAACACGGGCUUCCAGCACUUCAAGUCAAAAGAUGACACUGACGUAACGCCACUGGACAGGUUACAGCCUUCAAAUAUCACCAACCCCUCAUAUGAAAGUUCUUCUGCACUGACUCCACCAGAGCCUACUUACAAUCUUUUCUCAGAUUCAGAUGACCAGCAGCUUGUGAUGAGUGGUCCUCAUGAUCAGAACUGAAGACCGAAUUUGGCAUUAGUUCAAUUAAGAAACACAUUUCUAUUUACACUUACUGUGAAAAAAAAAACAGCACCUACACGUUUCAGGGAAUAAAAUCUCGUUACAAAUUAAAUACCAAAAGCACACAGCUUUGUUUAAGAUGCAGUCUAUGGAGUUCACAGAAUUAACAACCCCAGAAAUGUCAGCUGUAUCUGAGUAAUACCAACUGUGAGUGCCAAAUGCAAAACUGAGUCCCAACUAACCUACCCAGAAGCAGACACCUCUCCGUGAAAAGCAGAUUUUCACUAGCCUGCUAUUUAACUGCUUCUAUUCUUUUCCACAGAUUUAAAAUGGCCUCAAACACACAGGGCUGCUGACUUGGCAAGUAUCCUAAAUUUGCUAGUACUCCAGCUCUACACAUUCGUUUUGGCUCAGUUACAACUACAACUGGCAAGUGUGAAGCAGAACACGUGUUAAACCUGUAUUUUUAAACUGAGGAGACUUUUUGCUAGGAUACCUUCUUGUAAGGAUUUCAGCAGCAGGAAAUACAACCUUCCUGUUUGCCUCGCUUGUCUCCUCCAGCUUUUCUGUCUUUCCUCAAACCCGUACAAAGGGAAAUCACUGUACAAAGGGAAAUAGUAACUGUGGCAGCUUUAGUAAGAAAUACAGGUGAUAUGAGAGCAUUCAAACAGUAAUCAAAUUUUACUUGAGCCAUUUUUAUGAAAUGCGGACAAAGAUGAGCAUAACCUUGCCAUGUCAUGUCCACAUUCAGUUUUUUGGCUCCGAGAAGCGCAGGAGCUACCUGCUUGCUUGCACACCAUCUCAUUACCAAGCACAUUAACACUGCCUUUCAGCUGAGGCACAGCAGUAACACUUGAGAUUUUCACAAUACUAUUAGAAGUGAAUCAAGCUUGAUUUUGAUUCGCUGUCACGUCCUUCCCUCAAAAUAUUACUAUCAUAGCAAAUUGUGAGAAUGCUAUAGAAACCAGAAAACAGCAAGAAAAUGAAGAUAGCAAUAAGACAGUAUGAAGACAGCAGCAGUAACAUUCCCUUAUGGAAUGCUCCCCGCAGCAGAAGGGAAGGUGUCACUCCAGGAACGCGUUAGUUACCCCUGAGAGCAACCCCGGGGUGCCUCCCCCAUCAGAACAAGGCAUGCAGGCAAAUCCGGGGUUGUUGCCACAGCUAUCAAGCACGACCCAGGGAAUCUGAUGCGUAAAUAAGCCUGGAUGAAAGAGGCGGGCUGAAGGAAUUGCCCUAACUCCUUCCCUUGCCCCCUUGUAGGGCACUCAGCUGCUUGUCUUUACCUGUAAAAUAUUUACAAAGUUUAGAACACAAACACAUUUAAACACACACACGUAUUUAGGGGGCUUAGCUCCACAAAGUUCUGUGAUUAAUACAACUCACAUUCUUUCAUUCUCCCCAAUCACCAAAAAUACUAAGGUUCACAGGGACCAGAAGAUAAAGUCCAAGCAUUUAUUUUUGUAAUAAUAAUUAAAUAUUUUUAUCACAAAAAAGUUCCACAAUUCAUUAAACUCUUCUUUUACUGACAAACCAUUCUCCUCCGUGUUUUUGACAGAACAGAAUGAAAAUUUCUUCUUAUUUGGUGUUCAAAUGAACUCCCAGUAUAGACAUUGCCCUUUAAACAUUCUCAAAGAUCUCUCUGAAGUCAGUAACAUAGCAAGGUUAAAUAAAUAAUGCAGUAAAUAAGAAAUGCAGAGAGUGACAAGAUGAAAUCAUUAACUUUUGGAAAUGUCUUGCAUUUUUGUUAAGAGAAGCAUUCUAGCACUGAAAAAUAAACAACACACUUUAAAAAUCUCACUUAAAUUCAUAUUAUACAUUAUUGGGUUGUUUUAAAGGAACAUAAUCCUCCCAUAGUAUUUUUUUUCAUGCAAUGGUGUUUAUUUCAAGAAGUCAUGCAAAAUAAACAAGAUUUUACUUCAGCUGGCCAUUGUAACGUAGCUUUGUACAGAAGUUCGAUUUGUAAGUUAAGAGAAAGGAAAGGGGAGAGGAGAAAAUCAUCUUGAAACAAAAUGUGUAUUGUGUAGAUAACAUCAUCCAACCCAACUGUUCCUGUUUAACACAGGAAAAUUAGGCAAACAAAACUGACUCCUAGCCAGCUUUAAAAGAAUAAACAUCACCAAGAUAUAACCAACAUAACAUUAUCAAAUUCAAUAACGCAGAACUGAGUAACACAGUAUUAUUAUUUGCUGGUGGUAAGAUGGAAAAUGUACAGUGGUUUGGCGUUAUGUUUUUUUUUUCACAGUACAUUGAAAUCUCUGGAGCACGAGAGGUGCUACGCGCACCUAACACCAAGUUCAGUUCUAGCUGAGCAUUAGGAUAAAGAACCAAAGGCAAAUCGGGGAUAUUUCAAUCCCCACGUUUCAUUAUCAAGUUAUGCUAAGUAUUUCCCACACAGCCCCACCAACAAGUCUCCUGAUAAAGCCAAACUAAUUUCCUGCAAAGCUUUUUCUUCCAGCAAAACAGCAGGACUGGCAGAUGAACUGACUCCUUUCAAGUAUGUUCACCCCUUUAAAUACACACACACACACUUCAGGGGUGUUGCACAUCAAGUUUGAAACAGGAGAACAAGAAAACCAUUAACAUAAAAUCUUUAACCACCUCGGAUGACUUCAGACUGAUUUCAAGCAUAAAGGAAAACUACUUAGGAAAUUGUGCAGGCUAGAUUAGAAUACAUUCUUUACUUUGAAAACAUGAUUUUAAAAAUAUGAAAGAUACGGCAUAUGAAAUUCAAUUCAAUUCAGGUACUUGCACAUAAUAUAGACAGGUUAAAAAAAAAAAAAAAACAAACAAACAACUUUUGGUCACCAAAAGUUUGUUUACCUUACAAUCAUGGUAGAAAGCAAGUGAUAUCCCAAAAUGAAGAAUAUCAAAUGCUAUAUGUUUUGUUAAUUGCAUGCUUUUAAAAAUGGAGCCUUUAGUAACUAAAAUUUGAAAAGCACUAAUCAUAUUAUGCCUUCUAAAAUGACAGGGGUGGGAAGCACCAGUUAAAAAAAAAAGCAACAAAAAAACCCCACACACGUUUCAUUUGGAUGCAGAGAAAGGAAAGCAUCCUUAUUUAAAAACAACUAUAUAACAGUUCCAUAAAGUGCCUGUUUGAGGAAACACAUCAACAGAUGUUUUCCUUGUGCAAAAAUCUGACAUUUUUAAGCUCAAAUCUUUGGAACAUAUUUUGUGUCAUGCAACCUGCAAUUUCAGUAAUUCAAUAGAACUUCUAAAUUUGCACCUCCAAAAUUAUUUUGCUUGAUGCAAAACUGUCCACCACCCCCAAUUCAACCUUCGGGACUUGAGCUUAAAUAUCGUUAUCAGAAAACUCUGAUUUUCAUUUUCUCAUUUCUUAGUUUUUAACUCAUUUGCCCAUUGUGUGUGUUUGACUGUAAAAGUCCAUUACUGAAGGCUGUAUGAAAUACAUUCCCUCCUAGGGAACAGCAAAACCACAUUGCCUACCACUGUAAGACACUUAAAAUUCUUAAAAGCAGCACUUAGGAUCAAUCUAAAGAUUGACAGAGAUCCAUCUCCACUUUGAAAUGCAAAAUGCAAAACGUCUUGAAAUGGCUUUAUUAUCGGAGAGCGGCUAUUUAAAGUGUUUUGAAACUUAAAAAGAAAGAUGCUGAAAAGUUAACAAAAGGAAGCUGAGGCAGCCCAAGUUACUGCCGCUUUCAGUUUUAGGCUCAGGCCCACCUACAGCCAAGCACAGACAUUACAAGAACAGACACAGCAUGGACAGGAGGAAAAGCCCAUCAGGCUGAGGCAGCCAGUACUGCAAACACUGCACUGCACUAGAGAGGUCGGUGCAGUCACAGGUAAGGCUCCAGCUGUGGCAGGAAGGAAAGGUAAGACACGUAUACCAUGACUCUCAGUCUCACUGUAAACCAGCUUCUAACGGCCUAUUGCUGAAUUACUAAUACUGGAUUUAGGCUUUUCAGUGCCAAGAUCCAUUCCAGGCUCCAGCUGGGGAGCUGAACAGGGCCAGAACAGAGAGUACAGGUGCUUCUUUGUAAACCGUAAGGCUGCGGAUUGAAAUUUCCAAUGAACAAAACAACCACCCCAGAACACCACCAAACCUUCCCCUCAAAUGUGCCCUCCCUCCCUCCCAGCCCACAACUAUUUUGGCAGUCCAUCAUCUCUUCUGUAAGUUUUCAGAUCUCCGAGCAGGAGAGGAGAAAACAGGUACAACACUUGUGAGAACAAGGGUGACUUACAUCUAAAUCAAGAUUUAAGUGACUUAAAUUAAAUACAUGUAUAUUAACAAAAAAAAAAAAAAAAAAUUGCCCAUUU